ACCUCUCGCGACCAGUUCCCAACCACACUCACCGCGCCGCUUAUACGUCAUCAAUCAUGGCCGCCACCUCUGCGCAGAAGAAGGGGCUGAUUCACACGGCUGCGUGUCUCAUCAUUGGAGACGAGGUCUUGGGAGGCAAGACGGUAGACACGAACUCGGCGUACCUCGCCAAGUUUUGCUUCUCGGCCGGAAUCAACUUGAAACGGAUAGAAGUCAUCGCCGACGAUGAGAGCGAGAUCGUGGAGGCGGUUCGACGCAUGUCCAAGAAUUAUGACUUUGUAGUCACUUCUGGAGGCAUUGGCCCUACACACGACGACAUCACGUACCAAUCGAUAGCGAAGGCGUUCGACCUACCGUUAAAGCAGCACGAUGCAGCCUUUGAGCGCAUGAAGCGUCUCUCCAAGCCGCACCCUUCGCAACCCAACUUCGACUGGAACACCCCCUCCGCUGCACUCACUGCAAAGAAGCGCAUGAUUAUCCUGCCGUACAACGAUUCGAUACCAGAUGAAGAGCAAGUCAUCUUCAUUGAUGAUUCUCUUUGGGUGCCCGUAGCGUGCAUCAACGGCAAUGUACACAUACUGCCUGGCGUGCCGAGACUGUUCGAGAAGAUGUUAGAUGGACUCAAGUCUAAGCUGCUGCCCCGGCUCGCGGAUCCGGAGGGCAAGGGCGUGCUGCGGAUAUUGAUCUCGACCCCUCUUCCGGAGAGCGCCGUGGCCGAGUAUCUUACGCAGCUUGCGGCGCGGGCAGAGCCCAAGGGAGUCAAAGUGGGCAGCUACCCGAGGUGGGGCAAGGAGCACAACACGGUGACGCUGGUGGGCCGUGAUGUCGAGUUCAUGGAGUCAAUUGUUCCGGAGGUAGAGAAGGCGGUUCAAGGGCACCGUGUUGCGGUCGAAGGGGAGGACGACCCAGAGCAUACGGAUCCCAAGAAGACGGAGGUCGCGUAAGGCUGAGUGAGCUGCAUGUAAAUAGAAAGAGGGGCAGGCAAGUGAAACGUAUAUAGAUAUUAGAUGAUUUUUUGGGGCCGCAGCAGAUGACGGGCAGAACUUGUCGGCACGGCGGACGGGGUGCUGGGCUUCUCGAAGGCCCGUGGAAGGGCCUUGUGGCCCCCGUGCAGCAGCACCGAGCCCGUUCCCCAACGCAAGACAGCGGCGCGGUGGCGAUCUGCAGGGUGGUUCUCCAGAGGUGCUUGUUUCGCGAG